AUGGAACUCUUGGGGGACGCUGAACAACUUGUGGCGAAGUGCAUGAUGUUGGGACUCACAAUACAGAUGGCAGGGCAUGAGGAUGCAACCACACAUCUUGCAGUGACGCUGCAGCCGACGACGAUGCGCCGUGGCGAAUUUGAUGUGCUUUGCCGUCGCCAGCUGCUGUGGAACGAGGCAGUAAAUAACACGGCAAGGAAUUUUCAAUUUCUGUUAGAUGCGCUGCGUGAGACGGCGGCCAGUGACACGGAAUUUACGGGGAAACUUGUGAAAAUACUGAGGGAUGUAUAUCUUGGCACCUCCCCCUAUCAGCCCCUCAUGCUUGGCAUAUUCCGCACGGACUACAUGCGUGACGGUGCAGCAGCAGCAGCAGCAUCGACAGUAGCGGAAACGAUGGAAGAGGACGCGGCGGCGUGGAAGAAUGUGGAGAUCAACACCAUCAGCUCCUCCUUUGCCGGCCUCUCUCCGCUUGUCAGCGAUUUUCACCGGCAGAUCGCUAUGUACCAACGCGCAUUGGGUGGUGGCAGCGCCAAGAACACCGCCGAUGGCCACGAAAAUAAUGAUGCCAGGCCCAACCUUGACAACGCUGGGGUGUUGGAGCGGAGCACAGCAGCGAAGAUUGUUCCAGAAGCUCUUGCGGCGGCAGUGGCAGCGUGGUCAAGCCAGCAGGACUUUGAAGCCUUUCGUGACGCCUACGGAAAGGAGCAGCAACACUGUCGGUUAUUAGAACCCAUCGUACUUUUCAUUAUUCAGGAAAACGAGCGAAACACAGCCGAUCAAUUUGCGUUGAUAUUUGAGUUACUUGAGUCACAUGGAAUCCCCUCGUUACGGCGAACACUGAGGGAGCUGCAGGUGAGUAUGAAGCUGCAUCCUGUGCCCAACGGACCGCCACUGGCUAUUGUGGAUGAACGUUACCCUGUUGCUGUGGCCUACUUUCGCAGCACAUACGUGCCGGCAGACUUUCCGACGAAGGCGUCAUGGGAUACACGACUUGCGGUGGAGCAGAGUAGUGCCAUCAAGUGUCCGAGUAUUCCAUACCAUCUCCUUACGUUUAAGAAAUUCCAACAACUCUUCUGUGAUGUGGGUAAUGUUCUCACACCCAUAGCGUUUUGUGGUGACGCAGUAAGAGCACUUCAGCUGCAGACUCACUUUGUGCCACAGUACUCUCUUAACCCUGCGGAGGUGGGUGAGGAUGCGGUGCAACGCGUUAUAGAUGAUGCGCUGCAACAUCCAGCACGUUAUGUGCUGAAACCGCAGCUGGAGGGCGGAGGUAAUCUUAUCGCCGGUCAGGCCAUGCAGGAAGUGCUGCGAAAAAAAGAACUUACGGACCCGUUGCUGUACAACAGAGUCAGGCGGGAGUAUAUUUUGAUGUCCCGCAUCGAAUUCCCUGUGCGUUCCGGCGCUUUCCUCGUAAAUGGAAAAGUUGUGCAGCUUGAGAAGAACAUUUGCUCUGAGCUUGGCAUCUAUGGCGUGAUUCUCUCCGACGCGGGUGGUUGUUUGCUGCAGAACGCCUGUGCCGGCUACGUGGUGCGCUCAAAGCCUGCAGACGUGGAUGAUGGCGGUGUCAUGGCGGGUGUCGCCGCCCUCGAUUCACUGGCGCUUGUUUAA